AUGAAGUUCCUGAUCUUGGCUUUCUUUGUUGCUGGUGCCUACGGGUGUGGGCUGCCCACCUUUCCCCCUGUGGUGACCCGGGUGGUCGGGGGUGACGACGUCAGGCAGAGCAGCUGGCCCUGGCAGGUGUCUCUGCAGUACAGGAGCGGCAGUAACUUCUACCACACCUGCGGUGGCACUCUGAUCUCCUCCGAAUGGGUCCUCACCGCGGCUCACUGCAUCGGCAGCAGUCGCACCUAUAGAGUCUACCUGGGCAAGCACAGCCUGGACACCGACAACGAGCCCGGCUCCCUCGCCGUCAGCCCCUCCAAGAUCGUCGUCCAUCCCAACUGGGACUCCUACAGAAUCCGCAACGACAUUGCCCUGAUCAAGCUCGCCAGCCCCGUCGCCACCACCGACUCCAUCAUGCCCGCCUGUAUUCCCGAUUCUGGCACUAUCCUGACCCACGAUUACCCUUGCUACGUCACUGGCUGGGGACGUCUCUGGACCGGUGGCCCCCUGGCUGACAUCCUCCAGCAGGCCCUCCUGCCCGUGGUCAGCCACUCCGUCUGCAGCAAGCCCGACUGGUGGGGCAGCCUGGUCACCAACAACAUGAUCUGCACUGGAGGAGACGGCCAGCUGGCCAGCUGCAACGGCGACUCCGGCGGACCCCUGAACUGCCAGAACCCCGACGGAUCCUGGGACGUUCACGGCGUGGUUAGCUUCGGCUCCAGCAUGGGCUGCAACUACCCCAAGAAGCCCUCCGUGUUCACCCGCGUCAGCGCCUACAUCUCCUGGAUCAACAACGUGAUGGCCAGCAACUAA